CUCUCGCAUUGCUGCCGAGCGAACUAGCAUGGCACUCAGCUAGGUGGCUCUGGCAAACAGGCGAGCAGCACGUGAUAGUCAUUUUUUCGAUGCAAGAGGCAAUGGACGGUCGAAGCGAAACAGUAUAAACGAUCUACCAGCUAUGUUUGUGACUGAAGAAAAAAAAUAAUAAAUAAAGAAAUGUGUGUAAAAUGUCUUUAACAGAAUUUUAUUUUGUGAAAAAACAGAACGUUUGCUGUGCGUAUUGCUGCAUUAACCUUAAACGGAAAUAGAUAUGUACACAUGUAUGCAGAUACAUGCAACUCUAUACGCGUACCUGUGCCAAUAGCCUACCUAUGCGUCAUUGCUUUAUUUUCAUUUUGUGAAAAUCUCUUCCAGUGCCAUAGGAAAAUAAAAUGCUCAAAGUAUCUUAAAAAUUCCGCAAUAAUAAAAGCAUCUUUAAAGUAUGUGGUUUCAAAUAUAUAUACCUACAUAUGUGUGUACAUCUGGAAUUUGAAUUGAUUAAUAUUUUCCACAUGUGAAUCGUCAUAAGAUUCGUUCUUCGCUAAUUAUUGAUUUCUUCGAAGCCUUUGGAAAAGAAAAUGCAAAGAAUUAAAGGCGAAUAGCAAAAAGAUUGCGACAAAAGAACAUUGGCACAAAACAUCGUUCCAGUCGUUGUUAUUGUUAUUGUUUUACGGUCAGCAUUGCAGUGCCAGCCGGAAUUUAUACGAAUAUGUAAGCGUGUGUGCAUUAGUUCGCUUCCAGACACAAGCAUUCAGUGGACCGUGAAUCAGUUUUUGUGUGAGCGCUAUUGGGCAAACAAUACAAUUAAUACAAAUAUUAAAUUUCUCCUGAAGUCUUCCGAAAAGUCUUCGAUUUUAAUUUUAUAUUUACACAAUUUGGAUGUUUGAAUGAAAUUUACUCACGCGGACAUACAUAAUCAUAUACAUUUAUGAACUCAAAAUAAAUCCAAUAAAUUAAAAAAAAUUUUCUGAUCGUGAAAUAAAUACUCUGCGUUGUUGGAGUGAAAAAAUGCUUAUUGAAAUUAGCAGCAAAUAGCAAGUGUCGUCGUUUUAUCUAACACCUGAUCAACAGCUGCGAUCUCAUUCUACGAAAAUGGAGAAUUUACAAAAUUUCGCACGGACACCGCAAUUUUUGCGCAAAGUCAUCAGCGAAGCAAGAAGAUCAUUUAUUCGCUACGACGAACAAGAUACGAGUAACAACGACGAAGCCGGCGCUGAACCGUACAUCGAUGAAAUGGAACUAUCUCAUAGUCUAACCCUCAAUGAGGAAGCGUUGAAGCAAUUGCCGGAGCAAAAGCGACCAGUCUUUGUAUUCGAAUGGCUGCGCUAUCUGGAGAAAGUACUACCAGUUACACAGAAAUCCGAUAUAAAAUCAUGCCAAAAGAAACUGGUCCAGCAACUGACGGAGCAUAUUCAAGGUUCGCCCGGUCCGCCGACUCGCAAAUUAAUAGCCAGUUGCUUAGCGACUCUGUUCUCGGUGGGCGAUACUUUUAUGCUGUUCGACACGGUGAAUGCCUGCAAUGAUAUUUUGAAGAAUAAAGAUGACUCACCAAGCUAUUUACCCACUAAACUUGCCGCUAUUUGCGUGUUGGGUUCGAUGUAUGAGAAACUCGGCCGUAUGAUGGGCCCCUCUUAUGAGGAAACGGUUCAAAUACUUGUACGCACUUUACGGAAUGCUGAAUCACAGGCGCGCACUGAAAUUAUGAUCACCCUGGAAAAGCUUUGCGCUGGCAUGGGAACAGCCAUUUCCAACGUACACAAAUUCAUUUACAAAGCAACGAAGCAUUGCCUCACAGAUCGCGUGAUGGCCGUGCGUGUAGCGGCCGCCAAAUGCGUGCUGGAGAUGAUCAAUCACGCACCAUUCCUCUAUCAAACAGAACUCGAGAGUUUAGCAACGCUCUGCUUCCGUGCGUUCGACGGUAGCAAUUAUGAGGUGCGAUGCGCCGUCGCCAAAUUACUGGGUACACUGUUGGCCUUUACACAGCAACCGCCGGCGGGCGCAAGUAAGAAACCUGGUCAACCCAUACCCACAAAGAACCAGGCGCGUAAUGUUUCGCUGGAUGAAGCAUUGGGUAUAUUAAUGUCGGGAUUUUUGCGUGGUGGUGUAUCCUUCCUAAAGGGCACAGGCGAGAUUAUCAAAGGCAGUUCGAGCGUUAACCGUGAAGUACGUGUUGGCGUCACUCAUUCGUACGUUGUAUUUGUGCAAUUCAUGGGUAGCGUCUGGUUGGAACGCAAUUUGAGCACUUUUCUAAUGCAUGCGCUGGAUUUGGUGGCCAACCCCAAGGCUGCCUCCUCUCACGUCGACGCUGUGUACUCGCGCAAAUGCAUCAACUUCAUACUGCGCUCGAUUAUUGGUAAAAUGCUUGGCGAAAAGGCGCAAACCUCAGCCUGUAAAGAGCUCAUACAUAUUAUAGCCAAACAAAUGAACUCGAUCGAUUUUAAUCCGGAAAAUGCUAAGGAUUCUAAUCAGGAGACACUCUUCAGUCAGCAUCUCUUGGUAUGUGCACUUCAAGAAUUGGGCUCGCUUGUGUUGGGCUUAGGCACAACAGCGCAGAGUUUACUAAAUGAUCAUACACUGAAUUCUAUAGACGCAACAUGCGCAGUGCUUGUGCACCCUUGCGCAGCCGCACGAUUAGCGGCAGCCUGGUGUUUGCGCUGCUUCUGUGUAGCAGUUCCAAGUCAAAUAACUCCACUCAUCGACCGAUUUGUUGAUGCUAUAGAACAGAUGCGUUCCUCACCCGAGGCUAUCGCUGGUUAUAGUGCAGCUUUGGCAGCAACUUUGGGUAGCGUACGUUACUCACCGCUUGGCAUACCGCAUACUAAAGGAAAAGUGGUUUUCAAUACGGCCGAAGAACUAUUGCGCUCAGCAUCGCAAAACAGUCGCAUGUCUCUGCAUCGAACGCAAGCAGGCUGGCUUUUAAUUGGCGCCAUAAUGACACUGGGCUCGCCGGUUGUUAAAGGCUUGUUACCGCGUAUGUUAUUGCUGUGGCGCAACUCAUUUCCACGUUCCAAUAAAGAGCUGGAAUCGGAAAAGGCGCGUGGUGAUGCCUUCACUUGGCAGGUGACUUUGGAGGGUCGUGCCGGUGCGCUCUCUGUAAUGCAUAGUUUUCUACUGAAUUGUCCGGAUCUUGUUAACGAAGAUAUAACGCGGCGACUGUUAACACCCAUCGAAAGUGCGCUCGCAAUGCUAGUUAACCUUUCAUCAGUUUUAAAAAGCUAUGGCACACAAUUGAAGGCAUCUGCGGCUAUGGUGCGCUUGAGGCUAUAUGAGACACUUUCUCUUUUGCCGCCAAAUGCCUUGGAGUCAUCUUACACACAUCUAUUACGGAUGCUAGUGGCCGAAUUCACGCUCUCUGAAAAUCCAGCCAAUACAACGAACUCUUUACUGCGUGCUCUUUGUCAUGGCGACGAUUCUAUUAUUUUGGGCACAUGGUUGCAAGAGACGGAUCAUCGUACCAUUGAGGAUCAGCUACAGCCCAACAGCGCUGCCGGUUCAGGUGCUCUGGAACAUGAUCCUUGCUGUCUAUAUCGUCCAUCAAUAAGUGGUUUGGUAGGUAGUGCCGCCUUAGCCGCCGUUUCCAACACACAACUAAACAAAGUCGAUCAAUGUCCAGGCCCGCUUCCGCUGGGAGUUGCCGUCAUCGAUAUGUCCGUAACGCUCUUUGGUCUAAUCUUUCCGAAGGUGGCCAAUAAGCAUCGCUUACAGAUGCUGGAGCAUUUCGCCGAGUGUAUACGUCAGGCGAAGAGCAGUCGUCAAGAGGCGGUACAAAUGAAUAUUUUCACUGCGCUUCUCAGCGGUUUGAAGGGGCUCACGGACAGCAAGAGCGGCAUUGGUCAAGAGGACGUGAAGAAGAGCGCUACUAAUCUGGUUAUUGCCGCAUUGGUGAGCACCAAUUCGACACUGCGUUGUGCAGCCGGUGAAGCCAUUGGUCGCAUGGCGCAGGUUGUGGGUGACUCGCGCUUCACCGCCGAAAUGGCACAAAACUCUUUUGAUAAACUGAAGUCGGCACGUGAUGUGGUCACGCGCACAGGACACUCACUUGCUUUAGGCUGCUUGCAUCGCUAUGUCGGCGGAAUGGGUUCGUCUCAUCAUCUGAACACAAGUGUUUCCAUAUUGUUGGCGUUGGCACAGGAUACCUCAUCACCGGUUGUGCAGGUUUGGUCGUUGUAUGCGUUGGCACUCAUAGCCGACUCAGGCGGGCCAAUGUUCCGCGGUUAUGUAGAGGCUACUCUGUCGUUGUGCUUAAAAUUAUUGCUCUCUGUACCGCAAUCCAAUAUGGACGUGCAUCAGUGCGUCGGGCGUGUCUUGAAUGCGCUUAUUACAACCGUAGGACCCGAACUGCAGAGCAACAAUGGUGCCGUUGGAUCAAUGCGCACAUCUUUUCUUUGCGCCGCUGCUAUUAUGCAAGCGCAUACGGAUCCACUUGUGCAGGCCGAGGCAACUGGCUGCUUACAGCAGCUACAUCUCUUCAGCCCGAAAUAUGUAAACUUGAGCUCGUUGGUACCGACGCUGGUCAAAACGCUGUCGAGCAACUAUUUAAUGCUUCGUAAGGCUGCAGUAUCUUGUCUACGACAGCUUUCACAGCGCGAGGCCAAGGAAGUAUGUGAACUAGCGCUAACGAUGACACCAGAGCAAUAUCCCGAUAUUACCAUCACAGAUUAUGGAUUGCCGGGUGUACUUUUUGCGAUGCUAGACACUGAAACCGACGUCGAAAUGCUGAAGAACAUACACGACACCUUAACGUCCAUGCUACAAAUGCUGGCUUCUGACAAUCUCAGUUCUUGGUUAAGUUUGUGCAAGAACGUGUUAACUGUUGCUGUUGAGGGUUCCUCUCUCCAAGACGAAGCGGGCGGUGCGAAGAACGAAGCAAGCAACAGUAAAUCAAUCGGUCGCAAUGAUAACGCCAAUAAAGCAGAUCCUGAUGAUGAUGACGAAGAAGAAGACUGUGAUGAUGUAACUGAGUACCAUGCCGAGGAAAAUACCUCCACACAUCCAGCCGUACAGCCACGCUGGCCAACUCGUGUAUUUGCAGCUCAAUGUGUACGAAAAAUUAUAGCCACCUGCGAGGCUGCCAAUCCCAUACACCUCGAUCUGAUACAAGCCAAGGAGAUGCAAAUGAUAAAAUCGCGAGGUGACUAUCUGAUUCUCCACUUGUCGGAGCUGAUACGCAUGUCGUUCAUGGCGGCCACCUCAGACUCUGAUCAGCUGCGUUUGGAAGGUUUACGAACAUUGCAAGAGAUAAUCGAUCGAUUUGCGAAUGUGCCAGAGCCAGAGUUCCCAGGGCAUUUGCUGUUAGAGCAAUUCCAAGCACAGGUCGGCGCGGCCCUCCGACCUGCCUUCUCAGCGGACACUCCAUCCCAUGUUACGGCAGCCGCGUGUGAAGUUUGCUCUGCUUGGAUUGGCUCUGGAGUUGCUAGAGACCUUAACGAUUUGCGACGUGUACACCAUUUAUUAGUUUCUUCUCUUGACAAGUUGCGCACCAAAACAAACAGCACUCAAUUAUACAAUGAAUCCAUGGCGACACUAGAAAAGUUGAGCAUUUUAAAAGCCUGGGCGGAGGUUUACAUUGUUGCUAUGAUCGGCAAUGGCUCUGCGCCUGCUUCGUUGUUGCAAAAGAAACUCACCUCGUCAAAUACGAUAACCCCACUCACUAGUGGUCUAGACUUGGAUGGCUCCGAGGCGUCUGGUGGAGAUUUUGGUGACUUUGAGAGUCGUGGUGAAAGUCUGCUCAACUUGGUCAAACCAGAGUUGGGCAAUUUAUCUACACAUUGGCUUGCAGCAAUGAAGGAUCAUGCACUGCUGUUGCUACCCGCAGAAUUCCAAAGUCAAUUACCACAUGACGGUGGCGCAUUUUACACAACGGACACUAUCAACUCAUCCAAACCACAUUAUCUAUCUUCAUGGCCGCCUAUUUUGUAUGCGGCAUCAUUAUGGCUAAAAGAUGAAGGAUUUGCGGCUUAUGUAAAUACGAGCGCAACAGGUGCUGAUGGUGCAGCCUAUGAGACCAACAAUAACAUUUCGCACGGGUCACUUUCAGCGGAUCGUUUUCACAUGAUUUUCGGCAUUUGCAUGGAGGCUUUGUGCAGCACGCGCACCUCUGAAAAACCGAAAAAUGUCAUUAGCUGUCUGCAAUCGCUUUACACCAUCUUCGACUCGGACUGGGCACGCAAGCAAUUAAUUAAAAACAAAACAUUGACCAUUGAACUGUGCAACGUUCUGCAUAGACAGAUUUUAACUCGCGACGAACUGCUGGUCCAACUACUUUGCAUGGAAAUACUGAAACAAUCCAUACAUGCGGCCAAGGAUGACCUACAGUUGAAACGUGGCGAGUACCUUGCUCAAAACAAAAACAAUGAAAACACCGAUAACUUACAUCUUCAGUUGGAAAUCGAUAAUUUCGGUGAGGGCGGUGAAGAUGGGGAAAUUGUGCCCGGCACUUCCCAUGUAUAUGCAGUACUUGAAGUAUGCCUCUGCGUGUUUGUGCGUCAAAUACCCUCCAUGAAUCCCAGCGUCGCCAGUAAGCUGAGCACAAUUCAAUUCAAGCAGGAAUUGGCGGCCAAAAGUAGUGCAUCACAGUCAUUCUUCUCAGUUUUGGCUGAGGAUAAUGGAAUGCUAGUUGCCAGUGGCUUGCAAUGCGUUGAAGACUUAACAGCGCUGUGCUCACCAAAAGGUGCGCUAACCAUUUUGCCGACCAUCGUCUUCAUGACCACAUCGAUAAUGCGCGAAAUCGCCAACAAAUCAUCCAUCGAUACAACAAUAUUAGCGAACACAGGCGCUGUCCAAGCCUCGCUACAUACACUCAAAUCGGUAUGCAUCGAUCGUUGGGCGAAACACGAGCUAGUUUCGGCCGAAUGGCUGGCCAUAUUACAAAGCGCACUAGCUACCGUUAUAGAUAUGACGAAAACUGCGGGCGAUGAGGAGGAGCGCAAAGUGGAUGAGGUGACCAUGUUGUUGGCCAUUGCCGUUUUUAUUCUGCACACACCCGCAUCCGUGGUGUCUACACCAUCACUUCAAUAUCCAUGCAUUAAUCAUUUCCGUCAAUGCAUGCAGUCGGAGCAUUUAUCCGUUAAAUUGAAAUGCAUGCAAACCACACGUUCGAUAUUUGCAAAAGCCGAUCUUAAAAUAUCCACACCCUACAUACACGCAUUGGCGCCACGCAUAAUUGAGGGCUUAUAUGCGGAGACUGCGAAAACGCCACGCACUGACAUAGAGUUGCAGAUAACGCUCGAGAGCAUAUUGACCGUGGAGACGUUGAUCGAAUUGGCGGAGCCACAGAAUCGAAACCUGAUGCAAGGCAUUCAAAUGUUAACACUACUUGUGCCUGUACUCAUAAACUUCUUGGCCGAGCCAACGAAACUGCGAACUUUACCCAAAUACCAACGGCAGUUACACGAACAAUCUCUACAGUGGCUAAUGAAGAUCGGCCCGAAAUAUCCACAGGAGUUCAAAACUUUGAUGGGCCAAACUCUAGAGCUGCGGCAGAAACUCGAGGCCGCAAUACGCAACCAACAACAGUCGAUUAACAUUGCCAAUAAGGCAAGUGAGUUGCAGGCACGCGGGGGCAUGGCAAAGUCGCAAAAGCCGACCAUUAAAUUGAAGACGGAUUUCAGCAAUUUUCAGUAAAUAAAUUAGUUGUGGACGGCAACAACUAGUUGGUUUAUGACCGUAACGAUUGCAGUAAAUUCCAAACAUCUUCCAACUACACAGUAAAUGGAUUUGAGCUGGAAAUGCCUGGAGGUUGUUGGAAUAUGUAUAAUUUUUAAAGGCAUUUGCAUUAGCACAGUAAAUUAUUAAAGCACACAUUGAAUAAUAAUAAUAAUAAUAAAGGUUUUGCUUUUGCUGCAAAAGUCUUCUAUUUAUUUGUCUAAAUACUAAUUUCCACUUGACGGUCAAAACACGGCGUCAAAGUGUUUAAGUUAACACUCUUGUAUAGCCUAAAUUAACAGAUAGAAAAUUAAAGUAUACAAACUAACACUUACCUGCAAAUACUGGUGUACAGCAGAAACAAAUAAUGCAAACAUUUCUGUGCAUACGUACAUACAUAUAACGCAGUAUACAAUAUCUAAUAAGUACUAACACACAUUUUAUUUUAAAUUUAAAUUUGUAUCUUUUGCGUAAAAACUUAAUGUAAUGUAAUAGUUAAAGUGUGGAAUGUAGUGUAUUGUAUACAAAAGAAGGAAAUGAAACGAACUUAACGGUUAUUCGCAUCAUGAAGGCAAUUAAUUAAGAAUUAUAAAUUCAAAACGAAUUUUAUGUGAGUCUUUAAUAACUUCAUCACAUAUACAUACAUAUAAAGAAUUAAAAGUUGAAUAAAGUAUAAUCACACAAACUAAUUGCGAAAUUCA